AAACCAAGUUAUCAGGAUGCCGUCGUCUUCAAAGUUACGAACGCCGUAUGUGAAAGUUACAACCAGUCCUGGUUCGUGUUCCACAAUUGUCGUUUAAAGGCUGUCAGUCGAAGCAAAGUUGUUUUCAAUUUCAAUGGAACGGUGCUACAUCCGGCCAACGAUAUAUCCCUUCGUGUCAAAAUGUUCAAAAGGGCAAACGGCUACAAGCCCUGGCUCUUCGACGUUUCACUUGAUGUCUGUGUGUAUUUGCGAAAGAGAAAUCAUCCCUUUGUCAAUAUUGUCUAUAGACUAUUUAGUGACUUUAGCAACAUGAACCACACAUGUCCGUAUGUGGGUCCACAAAUCCUCAAGGAUUUCUAUCCGAGACUUGAACUGUUGCGCCUGCCCUUUCCGACUGGGGAUUAUAUGCUGGCGAUUCGGUGGCACUUUGAUAAGAAACUACAAUUUGAUACCAAUAUUAGUUUUACAUUCGUUGAGGAUCUUUUGAAGAGUAAAUAA